AUGUUCAGCGUCGGACCUUCAGUGAGCCUGGACGCUGGGCGUGAUGGAUCAAUGAGCCCCGUCCAGAGCGGAGUGCUGGAUUCCCCUCGAAUACGACCUCGAGGGCUUCACAAAGUCAGACCGACCUCCCUUUUUGGAUCUCUGGGGAAGAGAUCCAUGGCAGAUGUGGACGAAGAUGCAGUGCACAAAUUGGCUUCCUCUACGCCUGGAUCGCCUCGCGAGGGCCGAUACACCCCAGAUCUCGGGACCUCACCUUACAAGGCCAUCCUGUACCAUGGCGAAGUCCAGACCGCCAGCGGCAUGUUCAGGAAGAAGAAGGAAUACUUGGUAUUGACGGAGACACAUUUAAUACGUUUCAAAAGCCAGUCGCGAGCCUCUGACGUGUUCCCGUCCAUUCCUCCUACCUUCGGGCGUACGGGCUCUCGACACCCGUCCAGCGCGUCGGUCGGAUCUCUGCAGGAUGCUCAAUCAAACCAUUCCCACGCAUCUACCGAGGGAGACAAUCGAAUUCCUCUGUCGCAGAUCGUUACUACAUACAGGGUGGAAGAUGGGCGUCCCUUUUUCACAACCGAAGUGGUAUAUCUGGAUGAGGAUUAUCAUGGAGUUGGCUGCAUCCAGCUAAUGCUCUAUGAUCCAACGGAAGCCGAUCUUUGGCUUUCCUCGAUUAGAGGGGCCGCGCACAAAGCUAGAUUGCUUCAAGGGGAGCCGUAUCCUGAAAGAGUCGUUCGCUACCUGGCUCAGAUUCUCGAAGGGCUACAUGAUUACGAUCCAGACCACUUUCAAAUCUUCCGCGUUGCUCGACGGCCGCCGGCGCCAAAACCAGGGCGGUCGUCAUCGUUUGAUGACCUGCAUAAAUUAGGCGGCGUGGUCUUCUAUAUGGUCAUCGGCAUCAAUUGUCUCCAUCUGAUUCCUGUUCCGGAUUUUACUAGUUCAACUGGGCGUCUUCUUCCCCCAAAUGUGAAGAGGCAGAUGUAUGGAAUUGUAACGCUCUAUCAGAUGAAUAUGCAGGAUGGGGAUGAUAGGUUCGAGCUAACUUUCCGAAUGCCUCUCCAACCUAUCCAGGUGCUUGAUUUCGCUUCGUUUGCAAGUUCCGAUAUUGUGGUUGGUAUCAACAAGAACUGGCAAUAUCUAAGGCCGCUUUGGCUUGAUCGAAGCUUUUUACUCCCUGCCCUAAAGGAUCAAUCACGAUUUGAGGACGUUGCAGUUCCUUCAGGACAAGACGAAUAUGGCGCCUUCGAUCGGACCCUUGUGGCUCAUUGUGUGGCAUAUAAUUGCAAUCCCGCCAAUAUCAUGUAUGGGAUUGAUUGGGAAGUGGAGGAUUCCCCAGAGUUCCAGCUAUAUGCUCCAGCCAUGAGCCCGAAAUACUCGGUUUACGAGCUGCUGGCAAUCAUGCGGUCCCUACGAUACAACAAUUCGUUCCAUUCAAUCUCGUUCAAGAAUAUUGACUUGCAAAGCAUGCAUAGUAUUACCGAUGACUAUGGCACAGAUCAUGUAGCAUAUACUACUCGUCAUAAUAUUCCGGCGAUUGGUCGUCCUAACAUCAUCCCGCAAACCCAAUCUAUACUGUACCGAGAAAUCCAAGCUCUUGCCUUAAAAUCGUCGAGCGUACGAAGAAUGGACCUUAGUAAUACUUUACCUACACGGAGACCGAACGAUAUGUUUGACGUUGAAGGCCAAGAAGUUAACAAAGAUCCUGGAUGCGAGAUCGUUGCUGCGCUCCUGUCACUAUGUGCUGCUCAGUUAACCCGAGUUAGUUGGAUCGUACUAAAUGGGAUUAAACUUGGUGAAACAGAUUUGGAUGAGAUGAUUCCUGCUCUCAAACAAAGGCGCUCCGGUAUUAGGGCAAUUGAGUGCUCACGCUGCGGCCUUAGCGACCGAGGCAUCCUACAACUUUUAGGCCAUCUAGAGAAGCAGAAUGCCACCUUGGAGUGCAUCAACAUCUCCGACAAUUCAGGCCGGAUUGAUCUUGACCGGUUUUCCUCAUCCAUGGGCCGGUUUUCGCGGAUUCGGAAGCUAGAUCUGUCAAGGAUCACUAGGACGUCCGGAAAUCAGCCUUUGUUUGCACCGGAGGUCUUAUUGUCGUGGAAGCUUGAGGAACUUAUAAUGAGCGGGAUCCCAGCCAAUGAAAUGACAGUCGACUCAAUCGCAACAUAUCUGGCUAGUGACAGAUCCGACAGCCUUCGCGUUCUCCAAAUGGAUCAAUGUGGUUUGACUGGCAACCAUGUUGCUUUCUUAAUGAGAGCCAUGGCGGGCACUCCAGGCGAAGCUCGCGAACUGCAAUUACAUGUUAGUGCCAAUAAGCUCGAGAAGGGCAUGCGCGAAAUUGUCAAAGCGAUUAAGGAGAAUCACACACCUGCUCACCUGGUCCUCCGGAUGAUCGAGUUUGAAAAGGAGGAUCAUUUUCGGCGAUUGUUAGAAGCUCUACGAACUAACACGACGAUGCGAUCCUUGGAUAUAUCAAAAGCCUCGCUUCCGUACGACGCAAAUCCAGAGACUUGCGACGCCCUGAGGCUGUUGUUUGCUGAGAAUACCACUUUGGAGGACCUUGACAUCUCUGGUGAACGGGCCCAUUUGGAAGUAGCCCGCUUCGGAAUCGGCCUGAAUCACGCCCUCACAGGGCUCAAGCAGAACAAAACUCUAAAAGUACUACGGAUUGAGUAUCAGGAUCUCGGUUUGGAAGGUGCAAAUACGCUUUCCUCGGUCCUGGAAGAGAAUACGGGGUUGACCCACAUUCAUUGCGAGCACAACGACAUCAACCUUCAAGGCUUUACCAUCUUAGUGAACGCCCUCGCCAAGAACUACGCAGUCUUGGAAUUUCCGUUCAUGCACAACGAACAAGAUGCAUCUAUGAAGCGCCUUGGUAACAGCUUAAGGGAUACUCGUCGUACUGCCACUACCAAGGUGAAGCAGGAGCGUAACGUUGCAUCUUCAGUACGCCGCACACUAUCAAAAUUAGGUGUAUCGAAAGCCCAGACACAAGAUAUAACACCUCAGGAUCUCGAUGCCGUUAUGAAGGUACUAGCCGAUCGUUGGGAUACUGAAAUGCAGAGGAUGUCCAAAUUCCUAGCGCGGAAUAGGAACAUAGCUGCUGGUAUUGAUGAGGAUGAUCCCGAUGUCAACGAGGAAACUAUGAGACCGACAACGGCUUUGAGCGACAAUGGGAUUUUGCAGGCGGUGCUGAAAACCACGACACCGAAAGCGGACCUUCCAAAUCCCGUUGAUGAUCAUGUCAACAAGGGCAUGCUCAACUUGAGUAUUAGUAGCAACCCCACGCCUGGAGGGGCUGAGGGCAAGGGGACGAUUGGUGCAUCUCAGGUGGAUGGUGGUGAAUCAGCGCCUUACGCUGAAGAUGGUAAUCUAGCGGACUUCCCUGCAAUUGCAUACGGGAGACUAAUGGAAUUAGAUUCCGGGGCAGAAAUUUUCAAGAUGGGACUUUGA